AAGGUUAACUUUGUUGAUCCCUUUUAAAGGGCUUUUCAGCGGCGGGCUCCCACUGCCGCGGCAAUAGCAUGCAGUCGCAGUGUCGUUCCCAACGGGAGUGUUCCAUCGGACAUUGACACGGGACGCGCUUUGUCUCACAAUUUCGGUAGUUCCAAGGCAUACGCUCAAACUCCCUCGCGUGCUGAGCCACGUGUUCGGCUUGGCGGACCCUUUCCCCGAAAAGUUUAACCACUUGUACCUCCCUUACACUGUUUUUCCGGUUGUGUUUCUACCAUCGUGACAGCCUGCACGUUUUGGCAAAAGCUUUCGAUUUCAUUAUCUUCAAACAUUGAUUUCUGCUAUUAUUGAGAGUAAUGAUCACCAGGGACAGUGCAUGAGGAACUAAUUUUUAUCAAAGACUAAAUUGCUGCAACCUCUCGCUUAGAAUUUCAUCUGUUUACGACCUACUGCUGAGUGAUGGGUGUGGAUCUACUGAACGACGUCGAGGUGCGGUCGCGAUCCCUCAGGAAGCGCGCACCUACCUCGAAGCCUCCCUUCACAUUCGGCGACUUGAAAAAGGCCAUCCCUCCUCACUGCUUCCAGCGUUCUCUUCUACGAUCUUUCUCCUACGUCAUUAAGGACUUCAUCCUCAUAGGCACCCUUUACUUCAUCGCCACAAGUGUCAUUCCUGCCAUCCCUAGGCCGCUUCAAUACUUCGCAUGGCCGGCAUAUUGGUUUGCACAGUCAUGCGUGAUGUUCGGCCUGUGGAUCAUCGCUCACGAGUGCGGGCACCACGCGUUCUCCGACUACGUCUGGCUCGACGACACUGUGGGCUUCGUCCUCCACUCCUGCCUCUUCAUCCCGUACUUCUCGUGGAAGUUCUCUCACGCCUCCCACCACGCUCACACCGGGAGCAUGGAGAAGGACGAAGCCUACGUCCCGAAGAAGGAGCCCAUGCAGUCGUGGAAGUACAUGGACCACCCCAUCGGCCGCAUUGCCUUCAUACUAGGCGUCCUCAUAUUAGGACUCCCUCUCUACCUGGCCAUGAAUCUCGCCGGUCGCCCCUACGAACGCUUUGCCUCUCACUACGACCCAUACUCACCCAUCUACUCCAAGCGGAAGCGUGCUUUCAUCCUGCUUUCCGACCUGGGGCUUCUCGCUGUCAUCUACGUCCUUUACAACUGGUCCCUCGCUAGGGGCGUUCUGUGGGUCGUCGCCAUUUAUGGUGUGCCGUUAUGGUUGACCAACGCGUGGCUGGUCACAGUGACGUACCUGCACCAUACUCACCCCUCGCUCCCGCACUACGACUCGUCCGAAUGGGACUGGCUCCGAGGUGCUCUUUCCACCGUGGAUAGGGAUUAUGGUAUCCUCAACCAUGUUUUCCACCAUAUCACUGAUACUCACGUCGUGCAUCAUUUGUUCACCACGCUGCCGCAUUAUCACGCUACCGAAGCGACGGAGGCGAUCAAACCGAUUUUAGGGGAGUAUUACCAGUUCGAUGGUACGCCGGUCGCGACGGCGUUGUACCAGGUUGCCAAGGAGUGCGUUUUCGUGAAGGAGGACGAGAAGAGGAAAGGGGUGUUCUGGUACCGGGAUAUGAUUGAUGAGAUCCUCGGGUAAGAUGGAGGCUGAAGAAGACUGAUAUUUUAGGGCGGGUCAUACUGUCGUUUCUCAGACGAAGGGACGUGACUCCAUUGUAACGAUGCAAAAUGUCUCAUCACAAAUCGUAUGGAACGCAGGAAACUGAUGGUGUUCCUGACUGAAGAUUCUACUGCUUUGUCUCAUGAUUACAGGCAAAAAUUAGCUGACUUUCGAACGGAUUGCACGGUCCCAUUCUAGAUAAAAAUGACUCGUUGGAGCCAAUGUUGCAACCGUAGGAUUUAAAGACGUUCCUUUGUCUGGGAAACGAGUAUAUGUAGUCAGAAUAGAUUCUGGAGUUCAGCUCAUGAAGGAGGGAGGAGUUGAUUCUUGCUAUCUCUUCCCUUCGAUUGAAUCGCGCAAGAAUUUUUUUCUGAAGGACCACUUAAGAUUUGCCAACGGUCAGAGUAACUUUUUGGUCUCGACAAUUACAGAAAAUCCAAAAUAUUUUACACUUCGAUCAAAAUGUGACGAGUGAUUGCGUUUGAAUGAGGAACGGUUGUUCACAUGCGGCAGCUGUAGGAAAAACAUAAUUUAUUCAAAAAUAUAUUUUUUCCUGUAGGUAUGGGCAAAACUGAAUUAUUUUUUAAAAUCUUCUUUACUUUUAAUCCACCUUGUAAAAAAAACCAGGUAUACAUGAUAAACUGACCAAGUCCUGAAGAAGGUAUUUCCUCUGGACAAGAAACAGACCUAAACCCCCGUUAAUUGCUUCUUUCAGUUUUCCAUAUUUUGUGGUGAAGGGAGGGAGGAGGGAUCAGUUUGCCUCUUCUAACCAGACAAUAAUUGUAGUUACCUGACUGUCCAGAUACCACACUCAAGCUAGAAAGCUUGAGGGCCGUUGUGUCGUAUUCUGAUAUCUUAGAAGCAGUGACCCACAGACGAUUACCAUUCUGAAACUUUUACAAGGUCAGAGUGAAUGAAAAUGAUAAUAAAAAAUAAGUACAUUUUUAGCGAACGUUAUAUUCCAAAUGAUUCCUUUUAUUUUUAAAUAUUGUCUAUUCAGCUGCGUAAUUACGCUUGAUUUCGUGUAUUUCAGUUAAAUUCUAGCUUAGGGCAACGGUCAUUGUAGUUUUUGGGUACAAUUGUUAUAAACAGAACUUGAGUUGGAUAGUUGUUAAACACUUUCAACCAUGAGGGGGUCAUGUGACUAACUGGAAUCGAACUUUUGAAUAGAGAGCUUACUCGAAAAAAAAUAGACAAAAAAUCAUUCAAAAUUCCUCCCCUGACCGAAGAAGAAAAAAGUGAAAAAUGUCUAAAAGUUGGUGGAUAUCGACGAAACCUUCCUUUCAAAGUACAGUUUUAUUUAACUAAAUCAAUUUCUUGUGAGCCGUGCAAGAAAAAAUCAGCACGUCACGUUAAUUGUAAAUCACGGAUUUUUAAGUUGUUUUCACUUGCCUAAAUUUCAGGCUUGAAACCUAAAUUAUCUCUGUAAUGCUAGCAUACUCUUUUUGCCCAGCAACUUCUCUUUGUUGGCCUGCCUUUAUC